AUGACCCUGCUGGAGUUUCUCAGCCAAUCACAGCGUGAGUUCACCCUGUGCAACCCGCAGGUCCACAUAUUCAGCGGCUGCUGUGAAAGUCCUCUGCCGCCAACCCUCGGCCCGUCUGAAUCCGGCCGAGCUCGCUUCCUCAAGACGUCGUACUCGCGCGGGGCCGUCGGCGUCUUCACCUACGAUCUCCAGAAGGAGUCCAAGGGGUGUCUCGAGAAAGUGGCGGUCAUGUUCUCUGUCCCCUUCGACUACAUCCAGCACUCCAACCUGUACGCCGUGGGGGUCUUCGAGGAGGACAGAACGUGUGACGGCCGCCUGUUCGACGAGAUGUGCUACAACACGCAGUCAGCCCUCACCCGCACAGCGUUCGUCAGGGGGGACGCCAAAGACUCCAGUCUGGCUCACAAAGGGGGACACGUGACCGUCCGGGCCACCAUGUCCAACAGCGCCACGUCCGUCCUCAAGGUGCAGGUGUUUUCUCCUUAG